AUGUCUCAGUCAGGAUAUAGUGUUGAUAAUACAUCAAAUGUGCUACCUGAAUUUGCACAAAUAUCUUCCGGAAAAGGUCCUGUCAACGUCUUCGAAUUAAUGGGAUCAUCAUCUUGUUACUAUGUACCAACACAAAUCUCCUUCACAGAUCAUGGUGAUGGAUUUUUUUUACAGCAAAUGGGUGGUAUCAAAGUUCGACCAUAUUUAGAAUAUGAACAAGUUCCGAUAGUCAAUUUAAAUCCUUCAAACGGUGACACAAGUUUACGUGGCUUUAAGCAACGUAUGAACCAAGUACUUCCUGCACAAAAUGGUAUAUCGCCACAUAUUACUGGUGAGUAUGGUGAAAAAAGAACGAAAGGUGCACAUGGAGGAGUUGACUUUAAUUACAAAGUUCCUGGACAACGAGGUAUUAAUUUACAACAUCCAACAGUUAAUUCACCGGUGGAUGGAAAAGUUAUAUUUGUUGGUGGAGGCUAUGGUACGGUUAAAAUUCGCACAUCCGAUGGUUACAGUCAUGAAAUAUUACAUUUACAUACUACCAAUGUGCGUGUCGGUGAUGUAGUAGAAACGGGGCAAGCGAUUGGUACCAUGGGUGGUAGAGGACCAAAGAAAGAGAAACAGUAUGCACAACAUGUACAUUAUCAGGUGAAAGAUCCCAAAGGUCGAACAGUAGGUCCAAAGGAAUAUUUUGAAAAAGAAGAGAAGAAACAAACAGGCUCGACAAAACCAUAA